AUGGCCGUCGACAUGCAGCAGCCAGCGGCGGCACACAGCGACAGGCUGAGGGUCCCUGCCGAGCACGCGCUUGACGGUCCGGCGAACCAGAGUUGGCGCGCCCGUCGCAGCUCGUCGCAGCACUCGUCGCCGUCGGUCAAGACGCUGCCGCUCUCCGUCGACUCGCGCAUCGACUCCAGCGCCCACACCCACGCCCACGCCCACACCCGCGCCCACACCCGCGCCCACGCCCACACCCACGACCACGCCAGCAGCACGCAGCUGCCCCGGACGAAGCGCUCGCCCUCGGUCCUGCGCACCCACGCCGCGUCUCCCGAGCUCAUCUCGUCGCUCAUCGACCAGCUCUCUGCCCUCUCCGCCUCGACCCAGCACCACUUCGACGCCCUGCCCGCCGUCUGCAGCCCCCCGCCGCCCUCGCCCUCGUCGACCGCGCACGCCGCCCGCUCCAGCAGGUCCUCGCUCGCCGCUCUGCACCACCAUGGGCCCGUCGCCGACCGCUCGCCCUACUCCAGCGCCAUAAGGGAGCAGAACGACCUCUUCCCGGACGACGCCUGCGAGCCGCCUGUCGUCCGCACCUCGAAGCCCCCCUCGGGCCUGUCGCCCAUGACCGCUCCGUCCAACAACAACACCACCAAGACGUGCAAGGAAAAGGUCCACUCGCUCACCUCCUACAUCGGCCGCACCGCCGGCAGCUCCACCUCGAUCCACUCGUGCCGCUCGGCCCGCUCGUCCCUCAGCAUUGGCAACAUCAGCAUCGACGCUGGCCCCUCUGCCGCGAAGCCCAUCGCCCCGGCCUCCGCCGCCAGCAACCGCUCGUCCGCCGAGAGCAAGCGCAGCGUCAAGCGCCCGCGCAGUCUCAUGUACAUGAGCUCCCGGGAGCGCCUCAAGCAGAAGGAGCUCGACAGCCGCAAGCGCAUCGACGACACGGCCUCGCCCGACUCGUCACGCAAGCCGGCCUCGCAGCUGUUCUCCUACGAAGACACCAUCAAGGAAGAGCCUGUUACGCGAGACGGCCACCACUACGAGCAUGAUCACGAGUACGACCGCGACCAGAGACACAACUACGACCACAACCACGACCAGAAACACAACCACAACCACAGCCACAACCACAGCCACAACCACAGCCACAACCACAGCCACAACCCUAACCACAACCCUUCACUCGCCAUCCCCAAUCACGCCCUUUUUCCUGCCCAGCGCAACCCAAGCACAAUCUCCAGUCCACCGCGCCGCAUACGAAUGAACCUGGUAGACGGUCCCAACGGCGAGAGCCCGAGCGAGCAGGGCCUCAUCCCUGACCGCGGCUCGUCCCUGCGCCACAGCAGCCCCUCGAAGAAGAGCAAGAAGAGCAGCGCCAGCACCAGCACCAGCACCAGCACCAGCAAGACCAAGACCAAGACCAAGGACAAGGCAAAGGAAAACGAGCGACCAGCGACAAUCGCAGUCUCGGUCCCAGAAGAACCGCCCGCGCCGAGCAUGGAUCCGGAAGAGGCCCGGCGGCACAGGCUGCUGAGGGAGCUGGAGCAGGAGGAGAACGAAGUCGCGCAGAGGAUCAAGCAGUUGAGGGAGCAAAAACUCCUGAGAGACAAGCUGGCAGGAAAGCUGCCUGCAGAGCCCCAUCUCUUGGACCCUCCGAGCCCUGAAGCCUCGCCUCGUUCAAUCGCACGGCCAGCGUCUGACGAGCGAGUGCAGCGCAGCGCAAACGCCCACAGACGCCUGGAAGCCCCUACACCGCCGCCAAUCAGCUCCUCCAGAGAGAGCGGCCUCAACAAGCCCCUUCCCAGUGUCCUCCCGCGCGAGCCCACACGUCCACCACCCCUGCCACCGCAUCUAAGACGUUCGCGACACAGGAGCCUGACGCUGAACGACGGCGACGACCUAGCCUUGCCAAUCAACUAUGCCCUUGCCCUUGAAUGCCUGGACAAGUCCGCACCAAACUCACCACUGUCCCCCCGCAUGCGUGUUGCCUCCCCCCCUCCUCCUCCACGCAUCAGCACCGCGCCUACCAGAGACACAGGCUCUACAAGACCUAUGCCCACGCGGUCCAGCUCGCUCUCCGUCGGCGGGAGAUCCGCACUCAGUCGCAAGGCGAACAGCACGGCCAUGCAGGCGCCGCAAGGCCACAAGCAUUCGGCGAGUCUGACCGAGGACAGACCGCCAGCCUUCCGCUCGGCCAGCGAGGACAUCUCGUCUGGGCGGCACUCUUCGCUCAGCACGGCAUCCGCCUCGAACAGCUUCUCGCACCAGCAGAAGCGCACGCUGAAGAAGAAGCGCUGGUCGCACCCCGACCUCCCCGCGAAAGCAGAGAAGGCGCACAACGACAAGGUCGAUGCAGCCGAGGCGGCAGAAGCACGGGCAGCACAAGCAAGAGCAGCGCAGAACCCCUGGAAUCCAGUCAUUGAAGAGCGGCCCACGUCGCUAGACUCGGUUGACAUGGACGUGGAUGCUUAUCUGAAUUCGCCGCGCCUGUCCCAGAAGAUACGGCAUCCGCAGACCGGCAGGAUCAUCUCGUUUUCCGAGGUCGGCGAUCCCAACGGCUAUGCCAUCUUCGUGUGUGUGGGCAUGGGCCUGACGAGAUUCGUCAUGGCCUUUUACGACCAGCUUGCUACGACCUUGAAGCUGCGGCUCAUCACACCGGAGCGUCCAGGGAUAGGGGGGAGUCAGGUGGAUCCCAAUGGGACUCCCCUCACAUGGCCGGACGACGUGCUCAUCAUAUGCCAAGCACUGAGGAUCACCAAGUUCUCGCUCCUCGCGCACUCGGCAGGCGCCAUCUAUGCUCUGGCGACCUCACUGCGAAUGCCACAACACAUUCGUGGCCGGGUCCAUCUCCUCGCACCCUGGAUCCCGCCCUCGCAGAUGGCACCCAUCGGCAUCGGCCGCGACUCACCACCCACACAACAGCUCCCGCGAUCCCAGCGUUUCCUCCGCGCCCUUCCCGUCUCGCUGCUCAAAGUCGCCAACUCGACCUUCCUCAGCGGCACGAGCGCGUCCCUCCAGCGCACAGGGCCCAAGCAGUCCCCCCGAACCCGUCGAAAAAGCAUAGCGCCUCAGACCGCCACGCGCACAGAGACGCCACCACCGCGGCCCCUCUCCAAGGACAACCGCCGCGAAUCGAUGCUGCUGAUGGAUCAAGUCCUCCCCAACGCCAGCCCGCUCACCCUGACCGUCUCCAACUCGGCCGAUCCCGCGCGCGAAAAAGCGCACCUCGAAGCCCUCUCCCUCGCCGAGCGCGAACGCCAACACGCCUUCGACGAGCGCCUCACAUUCGCCAUCUGGGACCGCGCAACCGCCAACGCGAACCCGGCCACAGAUCUGAUCGUCUGCCUCGAGACCAAGCAAACCAUCGGCUUCCGCUACGAAGACAUCAACCGUCCCGUCGUCAUCCACCACGGCAGCAAGGACUCGCGCGUCCCCGUCGACAACGUGCGCUGGCUGGGCAAGCUGAUGCGCAAGUGCGAGGUGCGCGUCCUGGACGGCGAACCGCACGGCUUGAUGGCCAGCGCGCACGUCAUGGGCAACGUGCUCACCGAGAUGGCCGGCGACUGGGACGACUGGACCACGGUUGUCAAACAGGCCAGUGUUUCUGACUUGAGGAGCUUGGCCAGGCGGAAAGCGAGUUUUGCGUGA